AUGAAAUUGGACCUACCGGGCCAGGGUCUAUUGACUCAGAAGCCUUACGACGGCGGACCUAUAAAAGCACCUAAAACAAAUUCUCUAAAAAAUAUUUAUUUCCAGGACGAAAUUCAGCUGAUAGUUUCCGGAGCAGCAAUCCCCCUUCAAGAUCCAACUUCUGUAGACAGUAAUGGUGUAGAAAACCACAAUAAUCACACCACUACCAACCAUAGUCACCACAGCGGCCAAGUUGUGGGUGAAACUGAUGAUGACAUAUUCGCUUUAGAUGAAGAGCAGCUGGUGAAGGCCCCGCCACAAUCAGAGGUGGUAGAAGAAAAGAGCUGUAUCAAUGGUCAGCUACCAACAACAGUGUCUUUAACUACUCUGAGUCAUGUGAGUGGAGGGCGCUUCUCCCGAAGGUUGUGUGCGCUGCGACUGCUGUUUGUAAGAGAAACAACCGCUGUCAGAGAGCUGGGCGGUCUCAGCGGCUUCCUACAUACUUUUACUUGUGAAGUGCUGGCGAUAGCUCGUGCGUACACCGCAGCGUUGGGCGGUAAUGUCCUGACGUCCUUCUACAUCACACAGCUCAUGUUGCAAGAUAACGCGCACAAAAACCAGGGUCAAUGUCUGCUGUCUGUGGGUGGAGACGUAGUACAUAUAAGUUACUAA